AUGAAUCAGUGGCGAUGCUGGACAACCGAAGUCAUUCCUUCCUUGAUCGCUCCAUACCUUGCAUACUUGCGCAAAUCGACCUCUCUUCGCGAUCGAAUUGAAUUGCAGCCAGACGAAGUUGCUGCCUUUCAGUGCAAAUCCUCUUGUCGACGGAGGGUUCUCGAGAUCACUUGCGUACUCUUCAAUCAUAUCGAGAUAUUACGAAUUGAUUGCUGCGCUUGCGCGCCUGCUCCCCUUCAGCUCCUGUCUCGCGGUUACUUUGCCUGCGCUCCCAUCGCUCCUUCCCUCGCUGUCGACCUUCAGUUGCUGGAACUUGUCAAGACGUUGUUCGUACAUAUCACUCCCAACACAACUGCUUGGUGCGAAACACUCGAGGUCUUUCUGGCUGGCCGCGGGUAUCACCUUACCACCAAGGAUAAUCUUCGUCGUCGGUUUGGUAACGCUUAUCAUUGGUACUCUGUACUCUGCAUGAGUGCUGAAGAUCAGUUGUCCAAUCUCAUUGGAACUCAUCGCCCACUUUCACCGCCGUCGACUGAGGGACUAACACGUCCAAGUGACUAUCUAAGGUCUCGUUGUCCGAUUUGUUUUGGCUUGGAUGAUUGGCGAAAAAGUAGAACCCUUAAUCUCAAACCUGAUGUCCAUACUUGUAUUGACGCGUGUUUCACUCAAAAACGCUCAGCGGACCAACGCGGGGGAGGGCCAGAUCCCUCAAACCCAAUCAGAUCAGUUUUCCUGUCGGAUGAUGAGGUGACAUCGAUGGAGGUCCAUGUGCAGAGUUGUCGCGGCAGACCCCUUGAUCGGGGUCGCAAGAGAAAGCGACCUGCAGCCACAGAAGAGGAGGGGGAUGACUAUGAGGAUGGCAUGCGAGUCCCGACCUCUGUGCUAGAUGGUUGCAGUGAAUCUUUUCUUGCCGCUGAUGAGAAACGUGAAAAGGCUAGCACCCAAUUUUUUGCAGAUACAGGGGUGAUGGCCAUGUUAUGUCGGCACGAUCGUGUAUUAUGGCUCGCCAACAUGACGUCGGCGGGAGAAAAGCAGCACUACGCUCUUGCUUUGAUCAAGAAGCUUUUCGACAAUCUCCCUACCGAUAUGACCGUUGGCCUCUUGUAUGACAUUGGCUGUCAGCUUCAUCGAAUCUUCCACGCUUACGGCCACCAAUGGGCAUGUCAAAUUAUAUACCAUCCUCGCAAGUGUGAAGGCUUUGGCCUUUCGGAUGGAGAAGGUUGCGAGUGUUUAUGGAGUGCGCUCAAACACCUUAUUGCUCCGCUACACGUUUCUGGGUUUCAUCAGCGACUUUUUGUCCUCGACACUCAAGUCCGGCAUCUAGAUAACAAGAACCUUAGUUUAUACGGCAACUGGUUGAGCUGGAGGUGGAAUAACUGCGUCAAGAAGAAGAGUACUGCAGCACAGGCGCUACGUGAGCUUUCAGUCGAUGAGACCUGUGUACGACAGGAAUGGAAAUCGCAAGUUGAAUAUCAGACGAAACCCCUGCCUUGUAAAUCGAAGACAAAUAAUGACGAGGAAAUUUCCAAAAUUCUCUCCCUUGAGAAAUCUCUCGUUGAGAUUGAUGGAGCGUUGCGACGCAUGGAAACGCAACUUUGUAUGGGAAACAUCGAUAAUCUCACUGAACACAACCUUCGUCUCAUUGAGGAGCGCGCUCACCGAUCAAGAGUCGCAGACACUUUGAGCCGCUGGAAGACACGACUUGGCAUCAGUCAGCGCACCCGUCUAGAACAACUACGUCGCAAUGUAUAUCUACAAGUCCGUUUAGACGCUCAAGCUCUUAAAACGCGUAUCCGCGAACGACUUCGACAGCGCAAGUUCGAAAUUGAGAAGCUUGAACGCUCUUACAGGCAAACUGUGAACGAGCGCAAGCUUAAUUCUCAUGUGGAUGCCGCAAUCCAGCGACGCAAUCCUACCAUACGAAAGCUCGUGUCCUCAUACAAUAACCUAUGUACAGAUCUUAGCGCUCUUAUCAGACAGCGCCGCAGUCCUCCGAAUGCUAUACCACCUAACCCCAUCUCUCCUAUCGGUAUUUUUGAUCUUGAUAUUGAUGCUGACAUUUGGGAGGACGUUGGACUCAACGAUGUCGUGCUGGACCCCCCUGAUUGGUUAGCUGAUGAGGUCACACGUGCCGCGAUCAAACUGUUGCUUGAGAUUGACCGAUGCAACGAAGAAGAGUCUCGUGUCAAGGUUGAGCGCUGUGCUCUGCAAGAGUGGGCGAUUCUUGAGUGGGAUGGUCUACAGAGGGCCCGUGCACAUGCAAACGAUGAUGAAGUAAUCCUCUAUCACAUGAAUUGCCGUGCUCAACAGUUCAUUGUCCUUGUACUGGGGUGGCAGACGAAGGUUCGUCCCAUUCCAUGUGCGUGGCCUAUGCCUGACUGUUGGGGGCCGUCACAAACCAAACUUGCUAAUGGGACACCUGUGGUGUACCCUGAUGUCCAUGAUGAUGAAGAUGUCGAAGAUGAUGAAGAUGUCGAAGAUGAUGUAUGGGACGAUGGAGAUGACUGGGAAUCUGACAUUGGCUGUGGUGAUGAGGAGCUUAUGGACGUCUUAGAAGAUAUUGCAUUAGCAGACCAGUAUAGAGGGCAAGAGGUACAUGACAUCGAGGAUGACUAUGUAAUUCAUGAAUCAUUGAUAGAUAGCCCAACAAAACAUGUUAGAUUAAAUUCGUAG